GAGCCAAUGGGGUGGGAGGGGUGAGCAGGAGGGGAAAGCAGUGGGCUGGGAAUGAUCCCCGGUGUCACCUUCGGCUCCCUCUCGCUGGUGCUGCGGGAGCUGAGCUGAAAGCUCUCUUCCCCGAGUGUUACUUGGCAACAUCCUGAUAAAUCUGUGGCAAGAGGGGCGCUCUAUUUUCCCUUCCUUUCUCCUCCCACCAAGCUGAGGGGUGAGAAGGGAGAGAGAGAGAGAGAGAGAGAGGGAGAGGAAGAGGGGGAGAGAGAAUCCAGUGACAGCGAUUCCAAAAGUCAGAGGUAGCUGGGGAGCCCGGAAUUUGCGCGAGUCGCUGCGCCAGAGGCCCGGGGGCGGCACUUGGUAGCUGCGGGAGACAGGGAGAAGACGGACGUCGUCGGAACCUCGCUCCUUCUCGCCUCUCUGCCAGCCUCUGCGCCUGCAGUGCUGGUACCAUGGGGUCCUGGCUCCCCGCGAAGCUGCUCUGCCUGAGCGUACUUGGGCACCUGGUGUCUCUGCUGGCAGGACAACAUUUUAGCAUGAGUAAGUGUACCCACGAGUGCCCCCCACUGAGCAGAAAUAUGCCCCAAAUACGAAAUCGUUUCCUAAAGAGCUACACUUUGACGUCGCCAUCCUGCCGAAUACAAGCAAUCCUAUUCACUACUAUAAAGAACAAAAUCUUAUGUGCUGAUCCAAAUGAAAAGUGGGUACAAGACGCAAUACAGUUUCUGAACAAUGCUUCUGCUGCUGCCGCCGCCGCCACUGCUCAAAAACAAGCCCCGGGAAAGGAGAAUGUUGGCACAUUUGAAAAACUAACAGGAGAGAAUGGGCCUCCAACUACCCAGGUCCAUGGUGGAGGAAACACAGUUCCAGCUACUAUCCUGGUUCCAGAAGCCACCAGCGCCCCUGUCCUAACAACCAUCAGUCCUAGCCCAAGCCCUACUCCUGCCUUCCCAGAGGAAGAGGUGGCCUUGGAGACCUCCCCAGGGCAGCCAGCCAAUAUAGCUAGUUCAUCAGUGUCAUUCCCUGACCCUCUUCUGGUGGGAUCCACCUCAUCCAUGGUGGGGGGAAAUAGUCCAGAUCCUCUGCUGGCCUCCCAGGGGACUGAGACUUUCAAUAUGGAGGCUGAUUCUGCAACCAUGACUCCAACUCUUGAGAGUUCUGAUUCAGGCUCCUUGGCUAAGGGGAAGAUGUCUGAGGAGACUCCUGCCAUUUCUCACCCUAGGGAGGAGGGUUCGGGAAGGCUGAAGGACCACCCUGAAAAUCCCAUUAUUCAUGAGGAGAUGAGCACUGUUUUCACUGUCACAAAUCCCUUCUCCAGCUUGGCUAUAGACAAUACAGAACGCCACUCCCCUGCCUCUAUCCCUGCCUCAGAAAGCCCCAGGUCAGAGUUGGUUGGGAGAACCAACCUACCUUCCAAGGUGGAAGUGCUUCCCCAUGCCACGGCUGACCCCCAAAGGCUAGAAGUCGACAUCACAGCCAUCCCGGACUCCCCACAGGCAGCAACCCGGAGGCAGGCUUUUGGCCUACUGGCCUUCCUGGGUUUCCUCUUUUGCUUAGGGGUGGCCAUGUUUGCCUAUCAGAGCCUCCAGAGCUGCCCUCGUAGGAUGGCUGGAGAAGUGGUCGAGGGGCUCCGUUAUAUACCCAGGAGCUGUGGCAGUAACUCUUAUGUCCUAGUCCCCGUGUGAACCCGAGUCCCUGUGUGAGCCUUUUCUGUCUGUGUCCAGACGCCGAUCUUUGACUGAGUCAGCCACCCCAUUGCUGCUCUGGCACCUGCUGGGAGUGCCAGUGGCCUUGCCAAAACCCAAACCUGAGGCAAGAGCCUGGGCUACCCUGGAAACCACCAAAGGGAAUUGGAGGGGGGGACACUCCCAGUUCCAUUGUAGCAGGCAUGUCCCUGCCCUGGAAAGUGCCCUGAAGCUGGAAAAUCCCUCAUGUGCCGCUGGUCGGUCAGAGGUUCCCCUUGUACUAGGUUCUCUCCUCUGAUGAAUAACUAUUUAUUAAAUGCCUCCCUCUCUCUCCCCAUCCACCUCUCUACCACACAUGGGUCCAGCUUGGGGCCCUCGGGUUGGCUGAUUUGCUCUCAGAUUUUAUCAUUUCUCUGUACUCCCUUUGCAAUCUGUCUCCCAUGUCACCCACCCCACCUCCCUGGCUAGCCGAGGUGCUAUUCGACUCAGUCACCUGUACAGAAACCAAAUGCUCUAGCCGGGUUCUCAUUUCUUUGCAUGAGGCAAAUGUGGUGUUUCCUGAGAGUGGAUUGACCCCCCUCAAAGCCAGUGGGACAUAGUUGGAAAGGAAAGAAAGAUUUUUGUUGAGUCAGGGUUUUUGUUGUUGUCUUGGGGGGGGGGGGUUGUUGUUGAUUUUAUUUUAUUUUAUUUGGUCUCUGUCAUUGAAAUCUCUGCUAGCCCUAGGGGCUGGCUCUACUCCCUACUGAAAGAAGAAUUUGGUUAUGAUUCUGUGAAAUGGGAAAGAGGUGAACAGAUGCUUCAGCAACCCAUGUCUGUUGAUCCUUGAUUUGAAAGGGCCUCCAAGUAUUUUGGAAACAGCCCAAUGAUCAGAGUGUAGGACACCCACUCCCCUGGCCUAUUCAACAGCUCCCAGAAGCCUUCCCCCUCAUCCUCACACCCCAACCUUUGCAGUCUCUCUGCUUCUUCUGAGCCUCUUAAACCAAUGAUGUGGGGAGAGUAGAAAAACUUACAGGUCUGGCAUUUGCCACUUGGUCACCGGCUGGGAGGUAUCACGUCCUGGGGAAGGAGAAAGAAGUGAAGGGAAGGACCCUACCAAAUUUCAGUGCUGCUGGACUAGAACAGGUAUACCUUUGGUGGAUGCUACCUAAUUAACCCAGAGAAUUAUAGGUCUAGCUUAAAGCCACAUUUCAUUAGUGGUCUGCCCCAGCUCAUUGGUGAAAGAUAGCUGACCAGUGACCUAAUGAAAGUGAUGAAAAGGGGUGUCAAGGAUCUGCACUUUUAAUUUGUCUCUCAAGGUUGGAGUGAUUCCACCUAACUCCCCUCCCUGAUUAUCAUUGUGCCCAAAAUCCCUAAUCCCUCUCCCGAAAUUAGGUUGUUGGAAGAACCAAAAGUAUGUGGUUGUAUAGUUAGAUGGGCAAAGGUCUGAACUAAAUGGGUUUUUUGUUUAUAUUUUUUCCCUGAACGUCCUUUGCCCAGGUAGGGAAAGACAGAGGUAGAGAAGGCCAUAGGCAGGAGGCCUCUUUCCAAGACAAUAGCUGAGUGAUGUCUAAAUUUAUACACACACAUAUGUAUAUAUGUAAUAUAUAAUAUAUACAUUUCUUAAGCUGACUCUGUCCUGGUCAGUUUACACCAUCUGAAAAGUGGGGAGUAGACCCCAUGGCCCUCUUUUCA